UCACCUAAAUCAGUUAAUUGGUGAUGAAGCUGCCCAAUUUAGUACAUAUUUGGGCACUUUGAUUAGGAGCCAAAAAAUGAUGCCACUUAACUAUGAAGAUUGGAGAUAUGUUCCAGAACACUAUAAGGAACAACUUUGGAACCAUAUCCAGUAUAAAUAUGAAAUACCAAUUCAAUGUCAGAAACAUGUACGCCAACAAAUUAGUGGCAUAUGGCGGGCGUUCAAAAAAGAAUUGAAGAAAGAAACAAUUAAGAAAUAUGGGUGUCUUGAAAAUUCUCAACCAGAUGAUAGGGUCCCAGCAGAUCAGUGGCGUGAUCUUGUAGCAAUAUGGACAUCUGCGAAAAAGAAGGCCAAAAUGAAGCAAAAGCAGAGUGAGUUGCCUCCAGAGUUGAGAGAUAAUAGUGAUGAAGAGGACAAUAUCUAUAGAGAAGCUUGUGGCGAGGAAGGCCAUGGACGUGUGCGUGGUAUUGGGCUUGGUGUAAGCCCAAAAGACAUGGAGCUUACAAAAACCGAUCUUGCGGUCAAACGCAAACUUAAAGAUGCCAAAGACAUGUUAACCCUUGAGUUCGAAAAAAAGAUGGAAGCACAAUUGGCUGAAAGGGAAAGGAAGUGGCAAGAAGAGAUGAAAGCUCAACAGGAAAGCACACAAGCAGAGAUGAAAGCUCAACAAGAAAGCACACAAGCAAUGAUGGCUAUGCUUAACACUAUGAAAUCCGAAAUGGACCGAUUAACACAAGCCUCAAUUAAAGGAAACUCACAGAGUUCUGCGCAAUUGGGUGAAGAUUAAGGCCAUUGCAUAAGCUUCCCUCAUUUUUUGGUAUAUGAGUAUGUCCUGGAA